CCCACGCUGGCGUCGCUCGGGGUCCUUCCGUGCGCGUUGAUAUGAUUGGCCGGAGGAGAGCGUUUCUCUCUUCCUCCCUGGCUGUCUGAGGGUCUGUUGCCAUCAUGAAUGACACAGUAACUAUCCGAACCCGGAAGUUCAUGACCAACCGACUACUUCAAAGGAAACAGAUGGUCAUUGAUGUCCUUCACCCUGGGAAAGCAACAGUACCUAAGACAGAAAUUCGGGAAAAACUCGCCAAAAUGUACAAGACAACACCAGAUGUCAUUUUUGUGUUUGGAUUCAGAACCCAUUUUGGUGGUGGCAAGACAACUGGCUUUGGCAUGAUUUACGACUCCCUGGAUUAUGCGAAGAAAAAUGAGCCCAAACAUAGACUUGCAAGACACGGCCUGUAUGAGAAGAAAAAAACCUCAAGAAAGCAGCGGAAGGAACGCAAGAACAGAAUGAAGAAAGUCAGGGGCACUGCAAAGGCUAACGUUGGUGCUGGCAAAAAGAAGAAAUGAAGUGUCUGGCAGUGAGCUGGAGAUUGGAGAACAGCCAAAGGAGUAAAGAUUCUGCAGUGCCUGUCUGUGGUGACUGACUUUCACGAGAGGAUUAAUAAACUGUAAAAACUUG